CACGUCGGUGCUGAGAUGAAGGACGUCAGGACGUCCCCGCCAGUCAUAGUAGUCUGGUCCGAGUUCGACGAGGUUCAAUCAACUUUUGACUUCGGUACACAGGAUGACAAUCAAUCUAAUGAUGGACUGUUUCAUCAUAAAGCUAUCGACCUGGAGAAGCUCUUCACUCCAGCAUCCGACUCUGGAGAGGUCACACCUUCCAGAAACAGGAAGAUGUUCGCCUCAUCCAGUUUCUACAAGCCCAGUCUGCACCCGACAGUGGAGGAUCAAGUGGACCUGGCAAGACGAAUCUCACAGUCACUGAGUGACAUCAGUAACCGGCAGAGCAAAGGCCAGUCCAUGUACGUGAACAGAAAAAAGCGAUCGGUCAAAUGGGUUCACGAAGGCGUGAAAGAUGGGAUCAAGGGCGAGGGAGACAUCCCAGAGACUCCUGGAGAUGACAAGCUACCAUUCAAGAUCCCCAACAUUGGCCCACAGGAAAUGAAAUUCCGUGAUGAAAACAAACCAGUCCUGAGGCUUGUUAUGGACCCCAGGGGUCAAAUUCAAGAUCUCAACAGCCUCCGGCGUCAGGGCUACAACAUCGAACCUGAGUCCAUGAGUCCAGAGGUUGCUUUUGACUUGGUGCGUGACCUCAAUGCACCAAAAGGAAAAGGUGCAGAGCUGUUUGCAAAACGUCGAAAGAAAUCCGAGAAGUGGGUGGUUGAUGAGACGACAGUCAAGUCGACAUCCAGCAGUGCCAUCAGCUCAACAGAGUUCAUAUCAACAUCGUCUACCCUGACCCAGCAGCAGCCACAGCAGCAGGGGCCCAAGUUGCUGCCCAUACCCACAUACCUCAACGAAUCAACAAAAAGAGUAGAGGUCAUGCAGAAACUCAAUGAGAUUCAGGAACGAUUCACACAGCCCAGAAUACGAAUAGUGAAGUCACCAUGGGAGGCUGCUCUUGAAACAGGCUCAGUUGAUGCAGCAUUUCAAGAAUUUCCACCUGUUCUAACACCUCGAGGUUUCAUAGCAGCUCCUACACAGGACAAAUUUGAAUCUCUCUACAACAUCCCACAACCUCAGCAGCAAGCUACCUCUUGGACUUCUACCACUGCACCAGAUACCAAAAAUACAUUCAACUCUAUACCACCUGCUGCUGUUCCUCCUAAGACACAGACACUCAAUUACCAACAGAGGAUCUCAGGGUCUGAGAAGGAUUUCUUAUACAAACCAAAGGCACCCCGAGGAUGGAACAUUGGGCAAGAACAACAAACAUGUGGUUUUAAGGAGUUUAACUUGUCAACAUCUACAAUGCAACCAACAAAAUCAUCUGAUACUACUACAACUAACAGCUUAGCUGAAGAAGUGAUUUCUGUUACUAGCAUAUCUGGUAAUGCUCCUACUUCUGCUGCACCAGCUGUUGCCCCAACCCCCACAUUCCGUCCUUCCACCCCAUUCUCUGUGUAUAUCCCAGGUACACCCAAUGUGGGGAGUCGCCCUCAAACACCUGACCUGGCUGCAGCCAUAGCCCCUACAUCAACCUUCACAGAAAACAGUGUACCAACUCAGAGUGCAGAAAAAUCAAGCAUUAUAAGCACACAAGACAAACAGGUGACAAAGGAAUAUUUUGAACAGAAUCUGCCUUCUGAGACAAAGCAAGGAAGUAUACAGACAAAUCAGCAGAACAGCAUUAGCCACAUUGAGGCAAGUAGUGAGAAAAUCACGAGCCUCCAGCAAAGCUCAGUUCAACAGGAACAAGUCUCAGGCAAGCUGGAGUGCAAGAAUGAGGAACAAAUUUACGGCCACGUUACAGCUCCUGCACACAUUUUCAAAUCUAUUCAAACUGGGCCUGAACAGUCUGGUGUAUUCCCAUUCACGAAUGAGGACAUAACCCAGAUACAUACUGCAGGCAGCAAAAUAUCACAGUAUAAUAGCAGUUCAAUUCAAGACACCUCAGUUCAGUACUCCGAUGUUUAUAGACAAACUGAGGUGACUAGCGAGGAGAGUGAUACAUUGUAUGAAACAAAACCAAUCAAAUCACUAAUUCAAACUUUUGAAGAAAGUAGCAGACCCCCCAUGAAAUAUAUGCACAUUCGGAAAGAGGGCGUAAACAUCGCCGAUAACAUCCCAGUGCAACAGACAAGGAAACCAGUGCCUUCACAAGCUACCAACGUUAAUGGUAACAUAUAUUACGUGGCAAGCGCGCAUGUAGAAACAAGGCAAUUUGUACCAAAACAGGCUGAGAUAACAACACAAAAGUUGACAAGAUAUGGAACUUCUGAAACACAAUUUCAGAAAUUUUCAUCAUUAUCAUCAAGUGAGCAGCAAGAGAGUUUAAUCACUGAACAAGGACACAGCUCUUCUAUCCAAAAUUUCCAAUCCAAGUCACUCCAAAGCUCAGCAGUGAAUCAGCAGCAGCUUAUAACACAAAUAACAGGUUCCAGUCCAGCUGUAGUCCCAGCCACCACAAGUUAUGAGAGUCAGAAGCAAGAACCACCUGUCCCAGAAUCUGAUCCUGCCACCGCACUAACGCCAAGCAGGAACUUGUAUGCAAACCUUAACAACUACAACACAGCAGCACGAGGAUGGGGUCAGGGAUUUGACUAUUACAGGCCCGUCACUUUCAACCCUACCAAGCUAGCAUACACAACAUAAGUGACAGGGCAACUGCCCUCUCCUCAUACCAUCAACUAACUGAGGAAUUUAUAUACUUAAGGGCACUUACGGCCACAAACAUCUCUGAUGUAAUUCUCCACCAAGUACCAGUAUAAAUAUCAGUGACACAAGGAAAACCAAACAAGACAGAUACAAAUGUUAUACAUAAGAUUUUAUUUUUGUGUGUGUAAAUAAAAUGUAACAAGCUUCUGAUAUUUUUAAAGUGAAAAUGACUAUCUAUAAGAUUACAGAACCAAAUAAUUUAUUACCUAAAGAAAUACAAUACGAAAUAUGUCGAUUACUCAGUGAUCAAGAUUGUAAAAUUUAUAGUCUAAUGAACCAAAUUGUGUUAUUCACAUAUUAUCCCAUUUGGCAUCAUUUGUGGUGACAGUCCUAAGAAAAGUUAAAAUUUAAAAUGUGUGCAUACACUAAUUUGUCUCUUUGUACUGUAAGAUGUGGGUGAAUAAAGUAUAACAAUGGAAAACUACAAGAAGACCCUAAUUAUUUACAACACCUACCAGAGGGCUACAAGUUCUCACCAAACAUGUGAUAUUUAAGACUAAAAAGAAAGAGAAAAAAACAUAUAUUUUGUAAAGAGUUGUAAUCACAGAUCCAUAACAUAUAUUAAAAUGGUGUCACACUCCAUGAUUAACUCUUUGAUAUGUUAUGUAUGCAUGGUGCCUGAUAAGGUAUCCCCUCACAUGUACAUUCUCAAACUAAUGUGCAAAAACUCUUAUGUUUGCUUUGAUUCAGAAUAUUCAUCAUCUGUUGCUGUCUUUAGUUAUUCAAUGAAACUAAUUUGGAAUUGUAUAGUUCUGAAAUCUGCAGUUAUAAAAUAUAUAAAUCCAUCAAUAUAUGCAGCCAUAAUUUCAUAUAUGAAAAAUAAGAAUAAUUAAAUCAUGCACUACAUAUCCAAUUUCAUUAUAUUUUAAAUUGUAAAAAUGUAACCAAAAACACUGAUUCUCUAGUGUAUGGCAGAUGGUAUGAUAAACCAAUGGAUUAUAUAUGAUAUAAAACAGGAGUAUGAAAACAACAUUGCAAAAAUUUAUGUAUUAAUCUAGAGCCUAAAAAAUUACCACCAUUUAGAUUAUCUGAACUAUCAAAUACAACUUAUUACCAUUGCAAGAAAAACUCGUAUCUCAAAGAAUCCUAAUAUAAGUUUAAAAGUUGAUGUAAGUUACUAGACAACAAGGGAAUCUCAUUUACUCAGUUUAGAGAAAUUAUAAGGUUGUCAUGUGAGGGCAACAUUAUGUUGCACUUGUAUUGUGUUUGAUUAAUAGAAUAAUCUAAAUAUAGGUAUUUAUGCAAUACAAUGGAAGACUGCACAUUAAAUUUAUUAAAAAAUUAACUAAAUGUUUCAGCAGAAAUAAAAAUUCUGCCACCAGUUAAAAUUUUCAGUUUUUAUUAAUAAGUGCAGAGAACCGAAAUGCUGUAUAAAUAAGGCCUUUGUUUUUUAUUAUAUUGUAAAGAAUGAAAAUUGUUGAAUAGUUUAAUUACCCAUUAUCCCUUUGUGCUCUGAAAAAACUCAUCUCUUUUCUUAAUCAAAAACUGUUGGUUAAAUAAGAAGGAGAAUACACAUUAGUUUAUAACAAGUAAAGCAAUAUAGAUUAUGUAGAACAGAAUUUUAGUGUCUUACUUCACCAAAACUAAUGAUACUUCAUAAUAACAGAAAAAUAUUAUAUAUGACCUUGAAAUACUGAUAAAAAUCUGUCAAUUCUGCAUGUUUGUGUUGUAAAGAUUUUGUGAUUUUCGUGAAAAGAAAUAUUUAUUCUUGUUGAAAUUUGUUGACUGUGUGAUGAAGUGAACUUCUGUUAGUAUUGUGUAUGCAUAUUGCAUACUAUACAUACAUGUAUGUCUUCUAUACCUUGAAUGUACAAAUGAUAAAAUGUGAUGCUUUUAUGUUAAAAACGUGAUGACCCAAUCACUGGAUUUUUAAAUUACACACAUCAUAAUAGCUUCAGCAAUGACAACAUAUUUAGCAUCUUGCAGAAUGUUAGAAAAACAAAGAAUCCAUAAAUAUUUUUGAAAUAAGAUUUUAAGUUUUUACCCUGCUUCUCUAAUAACAAACUUUAGAUUAAAACUAACAGACCUUUUUCAAUGUUCAAACAAUAUGUGUGAUAUUAAAUACAACAAUCAACAUGUGUAAUAUUAAUCAGAACAUUAAAUAAAUUAUGAGUUUAA